AGGGGAUUGAUAGUGUGAAUGUAUAUAUGUAUCUACACCUUCGUCGACCCCAUUCUUGAAACGUUCAAUUUCACCAAGACCCAUCUGAUCAACACUCAUUUGGUAGCAAUGUCGACUAAAAACGAAAAGAUUGGGAUAAUUGGCAGUGGUUUAAUCGGACGGAGUUGGGCGAUGCUUUAUGCCGGCGUAGGAUAUCAAGUUACUAUUUACGACAUUGUCCAAGAUCAAGUUAAGAACGCGUUGGAAGAUAUCCAUCAACAGUUGAAACGUCUUGAAACUGACGGUCUUCUUCGUGGUACAUUGACGGCGAAUCAACAAUUUCAACUAAUAAAAGGCUCUUCCAAUUUGGCGGAGACUGUGAAAGGUGCAAAAUUGAUCCAGGAAUGUGUGCCAGAAAAUCUUCCGUUAAAAUUGAAACUUUACAAUGAUAUCGACAAGGUUGUCGAUGACAAAGUGAUCAUAUCCUCUUCAACAUCUACGUUUCGUCCAUCUCUUUUCAGCGAGAAGCUGAAACAUCGUGAGCAAAUCAUAGUUUCCCACCCUGUAAAUCCUCCUUAUUAUGUGCCUCUCGUGGAGGUAGUACCAGCCCCAUGGACACGUCCUGACAUUCCAGAGAAAACAAAAGCCAUAAUGAUCGAAAUUGGUCAAAAACCUGUUGUUUUUGGGAAGGAAAUUGAUGGUUUCGCACUCAAUAGAAUACAAUAUGCGAUCUUAAACGAAGCUUGGAGAUUGGUGGCUGAUGGAGUGUUAAGUGCAAAGGAUGUUGAUGCAGUGAUGAGCGAAGGUCUUGGAAUGCGUUAUGCUUUUCUCGGUGCUUUCGAGGCCGCGCAUUUGAAUGCCGAAGGAAUGAAAAAGUAUUGUGAAACGUAUAACAAAUCAAUCUAUGAUGUGAGCAUGACCUUUGGACCAGUGCCCAAAUUUGUUGGUGAAAUGGCAGAAAAAAUUAGCAAUGAAUUAAAUGAGAUGUGUCCGCUGGAUAAAUUACAAGAACGACGAGCGUGGCGCGAUACUGCUUUGACAAAAUUAUCUAUACUCAAGAAAGAGUUAAACAAGACCGAACAGUAAAAAGAUACUUAUUAAAUAGCUUUCAUACAAUUGAUGUUAAAUAUUUUUUUCU